UCCCAUUCAUAAAACUCACUUCCCUCCCCCUCGGUGGUUGCAACAUCAUACCCACAGCCCUCAACCGCAGUCGCCUUUAUACACCAGCGAGUGCUGGAGACCCACUCGCCUGCGUCUCACCUCGAUCAUUUUAUUCCCUAAAUAUCUGGACUGUCUUUUCUCCUCGUGCGUGGAGCUUACCCACUCCGCUGGACUAUACCAACGCGCAAACGUCGUGCGCAACGGAGAGAUGAGAAUAACCUCCUGAAACCACGUGUUGCUAAAUGCUGCUUUAAAGUGAAGACGUGCGAGGCACUAGCCGACACAUGGAGUCCAGGGUUCCCCACCACAUCCCCGGAGUGUCCUCCUCCCUCAUAUCUCAGCCUCUACUGGACAGUCGAGUGCCCUACGGACGUCUUCAACAUCCUUCCCCCAUAUACUCCAUUGAUCAGAUAAAGUCGUCCCACGUGGAAAACGACUACAUCGACAGCCCUGCUGUUGUCGCCCAGCAGCCACUGAGCCAGAAGUCGGCAAACCGUAGAAUCACCUGGCUCGGCCAGAAUCAAGAGGCCUUCCUUGGGGCAAACCACAACCACCAUCAUAAUCAUCAACAUCAGCCCCACCAGCAGGGCAGGUGCGAGCCUCACCCUCACCAGGAUUCCACCACCCAUCCUUGGAUUUCCUUUAGUGGAAGGCCCAGCUCCAUCAGCAGCAGCAGCAGUACCUCGUCUGAUCAGAGGCUGUUGGACCAUGCAGCACCCACGCCUACAGUGGACCACCAAACAAACUUGCACCCUAACCAUGGUCCUCUCCACGCAAUCAGUCCCCAGACACAGGGCUGCUUCAAUUCUUCUAAAGUCCUCACUUCCUCAUCCUCUGCUUCCUCUUGCUCAUCUUCCUCUAAAUCUCUGGACCUCAAAUCUACAAAGAUCCCAGCAGGAGGUGUGAGCUCCACUGGGAGCCAUCAAGGGUUGGUGCUGAUCCCUUCUUCCCCAACCGAGAAGAAGCAUCUGCUUCUCUGUGAGCAUUGUGGGAAGUGUCGAUGCACGGAGUGUACGCUCCCCCGAACCUUACCCUCUUGCUGGGUCUGCAACCAGGAGUGCUUGUGCUCCGCUCAGAGCCUGGUGGACACGGCCACCUGCAUGUGCCUGGUCAAAGGGAUCUUCUACCACUGCACCGAGGAUGAGGACGAUGAGGGCUCCUGCGCCGACAAACCCUGCUCGUGCUCCCAAGCCAACUGCUGUGCUCGCUGGUCCUUUAUGGCCGCCCUUUCGCUCGUCCUGCCUUGUCUCCUCUGCUAUCUACCAGCUACGGGUCUGGCUAAACUGGGACAAAAGUGUUAUGACAAUGUUAGCAGGCCUGGCUGUCGCUGCAAGAACUCACAGGGCAUCAAUGUUCCUGUGUGUAAAAGUGGAGGCAUGGAAGCAAAAGGUGGGACAGAGAAGCCUCAGCAGGGGUCGUGAUAGCGGACCAGACUGUCAAGAGGUGGCCUUGCUCUAAAAUGGACCAUACAGUACUCACUUACUCUCUAUGGACAGGACAAUCCAACACAGACCUAUGAAAACUACCCCAUUAAUCUGCUGGAAGAUGACUUAUAUUAAACAAAGGUACUUACAUGGCUUUUUUGACCUGUUUGGCAGUGUGGAUGAUCAAACUGGGCCAUCAAAGAGUUGCCCAGUAAGAAUAGCAAACGGGCCCUCUGAGAUGUUUAUCAAGUUUUGUAAGUGUGACAAGAAGAGGAGACUUGACUGUGGGACUGGUGUUUGUACUGUGCAAGAAUGGAGGCACAAGAUCGUUGUACUUUUCUGCUGCUCAAUAUUUCUCAGCUAAUUUUGUAAUUCAAAGCUAACCUGUAACAGAUUCUAAGAUUACUUACAAAUUACGGAUAGUGAUAAACAAAUAUGUUUGCCCCCGACCCCACCGCUAAAAGCACAGCCCAACGUUAAACAUUGAAACAAACAUUGUGUGGAUAAACAAGGCUUUGGAGUUAGCCUUUGCAGGAAACCACUUAUUCCAACAUUACUGACUUUUACCAUCUUCUAGUGUUGCCAUUUCUCUCCUUUAAAUACAUGAGCUUGCUAGCAUUCUAUCUCUAGUUUUUAUCUUCAUGGUGGAGUAGUAAAAACAAACCUUUUUAGACCUUAAAAUGAUAGUAAUUUCCCAUAAUUCCCACUCCGUAUUGUGCAGUUGUGCUGCACGUGAGGCAUAACACUUUACUGUGUAUUUUCUAUUUUUUGGGUGGUGAAGCUUAGAUAUUCUGAAAUACUUUGAAUGCCGUUCACAGAUCACCUCAGAUGUAAUGCAUGUCACGAUCUGCAUGCUCUAGUCUAAUGGUUAUUCACCGUGCUAUAGGAGUGGAAUUGUAGUAGAGAAAUGUGUAGAAAAGAGGAAAAAAAAGUACACCUAAACUUCUCAGGGACUGUCUUGGUUACCUCCAGAACUUGGCCUACUGCAUGUUUGAUUUUUGUUGAACUGCCUAGGAGCCUAGUCUGCUUCCCCUUUGCUUAAAAAGGCAAAGAAACAUUUAGGGGCCAAAAGGCGUUUGUGAAUAAUUGAAAAGUUUCUAGAGGACGAUAAGAGAAUGACGACAAAGGGGGAGAGGAGAGGUUUUGGAAAGUUCUUGUGUUUGUAUCCAGUCAGCCUUUGUUGAAAUCUAACCUGCCACUUGCACAAUCUUCUUAGGACCCCUUAAAGGAUGUACUAAAGCACAGAGUUAGCUGUUUUGCCAUCACAUCGGCCCACACUACAGUUAGUCCGCACAUCCCUGCUUCCCCACACAUCAGUGUCUUCAUGAAACUCUAAUAUGCUGCAUAGCUGUGUAAGUCAGAUCUUUUAUUCUUAAAGUCUAUUUUUGUGGCUUGCAUGAUGUUCUUAAAACUUUGCCAAAGGAAGCUCAAACACAGUAGCAUGUUUCUGCAGCCUGAGUGAUCACAGUUGUCGCGCACUCCUGCCAAAUGGAGUUGACGGCAGUUGGUCGUUAAAGGGGAGCAGCCCUUUGACACAGAUGGCCAUUUCUCUUUGGCAUGAAGGCAUACCGUCUUUGUUGCUCCAUAACACACAACUCUCUGUUAAGUCAGACCCUUACCUUCCAUUUAGGGGGGGGGGGUUGCUUAACUUUGCUCAUGCUUGUGUUUGUCUCGUUGCACAAACUGUUAUCAUGCAGGAAAAGAGCAAGAAAAU